AUGGCCCAAAGCAAUGGAGUUGUUCCCAGUGGCAUCAACAAGCGAUGGCCAACUCCCCAUACGGACAACCUGUUGUUGUCAUGGAAUAAAUUGCGCGAGCUCGUUCGAGAUGGCUCGUUCGAGAUCAACGGCGAGUCGCUUCAAGUUGCAGCUGUAGUAGCAACGGCGAGACACGGCUGCAAAGCCACCGUCAAGAAAGACCCUGACGUCCAAUUUCGCAUCGAAUCGAGUGUUUCAACCCUACACGACUAUCUCGAUAAGGGAUAUUUCUUAUACGGUGUCAACACGGGUUUUGGCGGCAGUGCCGACACACGCACAAAGGACCUCUAUGCAUUGCAAAGGGCUCUUAUGCAACAUACCCAAAGCGCCAUCCUGACUGCCGAGGAUAAAUCCGAUACUCAAAGCAGCAAUGAGUAUCUAGGCUCUCACAGUAUGCCCAGUGCUUGGACUCGCGCAACAAUGCUGCUCCGCUGCAACACCAACAUCCGCGGCCACUCUGCCAUUACGGCCAAUACCGUGGAGACUAUGAUUAAACUCCUGCACCAUGACAUUGUGCCAAUCGUGCCGCUUCGAGGGUCAAUUUCCGCUUCAGGGGACCUCAUGCCACUGUCAUACGUCUCGGGCGCUAUACAGGGCAGUCCGGAUAUCUUUGUGCGCGUUGGCUGCAAAAUCAGCAGCAGUCACAAGAUCAUCACGGCAGAGCAAGCCCUCCGAGGGGCAGGCAUCACGCCCGUGGUUCUCUCUCCCAAAGAAGGCCUAUCUUUGAUCAAUGGUACAUCUGCUGCCGCAGCCGUGGCAACUCUCGGUCUCUGGGAAGCCAACCAGCUCGCGCUCGUGUCGCAGAUGCUGACGGCGCUGUCCUCCGAGGCUCUCGGCGCCAAUGACGAAUGGGCACAUCCUUUCAUCGCGGCUGUACGGCCUCACUCUGGACAGAUUGAAGCCGCCCAAAACAUGCGCACCUUUAUCAAGGGCUCGAAGCUCGUCUACGGCCUCGAGCAAACAAAGGAUCGCUUCAAGGCUGGUCUGGCACAGGAACGUUACGCCCUGCGCAGCUCCCCGCAAUGGCUCUCGCCACUCCUCGAAGACCUCAUGAGCGCGGAGAAGCAGCUCACUGUUGAGAUCAAUUCCACCACCGAUAACCCCGUUGUGAAUGUGGCCGACAAUGACAUCCACUGCGGAGCCAACUUCCAGGCCGCAGCUGUCACCUCUGCCACGGAGAAGAUUCGCCUAGCGCUGCAAAGCAUUGGCAAGAUGCUUUUCGCGCAGACGUCUGAAAUGAUCAACCAUGAUUUGAGCAAUGGCUUACCUCCCAAUUUAGCUGCCGACGACCCUAGUCUGUCUUUCUGCCUCAAGGGAAUAGACGUCAACACUGCGGCAUACACAUCAGAGCUAGGCUUCCUGGCUAAUCCCGUCAGUAAUCACGUCCAAUCAGCAGAGAUGCACAACCAAGCCAUCAAUUCUCUUGGACUUUUGUCGGCGAGGAAAACAAUGGAGGCUGUGGAGGUACUCUCGCUCAUUGUCGCCAACUGCAUGUAUACAGCGUGUCAAGGCGUUGAUAUACGUACCAUGCACAAAACUUUCCUCAUCCGCCUCACGGAUCCAAUCAGAGACCUGAUUUCAACCUUGACUGGUGGCAAGGAAAACGCCCAGGUUAAGGAAGCCUCUGAAUCGACAACGUUUUUCCAUCUGUUUUGGAGAGAGUUUGAGGAUGCCUGGUACCGCACUGCUCACCUCGACGCUGACGAACGCUGCGAAAAAGUUUCUGAGACGCUUGUCACUGUCAUGGUGAUGCACUCGACCCAGGUUGGAGUUGAUGGUCUCAGCGCGGGCAAGCUCGAAGAAUCCCGCCAGGCCUUGUCCGCUCUGACGCUGGAGACCUACACGGCCCAUCGCGAGAGCUUCUUCCGCAACCCCACUACUUCGAGGUUUCUGGGAGACGGCACGAAAGCCAUGUACCUGUUUGUGAGGGAGCAACUCGGUGUGCCCAUGCAUCGCGGUCUUGUCGAGCACCCGGUUGCUGGUGCAGCGGAUGGCAACAUGAUUGACGGCCGCCCCAAAAAGACGAUUGGCUCAUGGGUCUCCAUCAUCUACGAGGCCAUUCGCGCUGGCUCCUUUGCUGAUGCCAUGCUCGAGUUUGUGGGCGCCUCAAAAGAUGUCAAAUGGAGCGCCAAUGGCAAGCAAUACAGCAACGGCGCUCAGGCCAACGGCGACCAGAAUGGCCAUUUGCUGAAGAGUAGCCAGAAUGAUCAUCAACCUACCAAUGGUCAGCUCGACGUCAACGGAUCCCACUAG